CAUCAGACUGUUUGCCGGCAGUAAAUCCCAACAACCGCAAUUUUUAAUAUUUCGCUUCAGACAAAAGUGAUUUUUCUAUUUCUCGUUUGAAACUGCAGGAUGGAAGUCUUACAAAUCGUGUUCCUUACAACUUUGAUUGUUGCCAAAGCCAACAGCUCAGGACGCCUAUUUGUGCGUAAGUGUUGCCCAGCGCAGUUCACAUUCAACUUUGAAAAGGCAAAUUGCGACCCGGUGGCCAAGGACGUGGUCGUCGACUGGAUCCCAGACCAAGUGAAAAAUCAGCAACCGCUCCUUAACAAAACAUAUAUAACUUCGGUGCCCACGUUGGAGGAAUUUGACAUCCGAUUCGACCCUUGCCCGCUAUUUUUAUACAAUGUUGAUAAGCCGUUAUUUAAUAUAACACCUAGCACGCCAGUCAUUCUCAAACCACAAGGGGGAAUGUCUCCUUACGCCAAUGACACAAAUCACUGGUGUUUCGACGUGCCAAGCGGUUUGAAAAAGUCUGAGCGCCGUUGGGUGCUUUUGUCCUGUUCUUGCCUCAAUGAAAUUUGCGUGGCAAGAUGCUGCCACAGGGGAAACCGACUGCACGUUAAUAGAGCAUCAGCAAGAUCUUUUACUGCGAUGUGCAGCAACGAAACAAAUACAGCAUGGGAUCCAUACGAAGCGAAAGACUUGGAACUCUCAAAGAACAGCGUCAAACCUUAUGUCUUCCGUUAUUUCACUAUUUUCGAAUUCAUAUCCAGCUGCUUUCACUCAGUGCACAAAAAUUACGGAAAGACAAGGAGGCCAAAGCAAAUUGAGACGUUCAAAAUCGACUCGAGGGGCAUAUUGACGUCGUCUAAGUACAAAGCCAGUCGCUGGAGUUAUUGUAUUGGCGAGGCAGACGUGAAGGGCAAGCCGAAAACAGUGGCCAUGUAUUGCGAUGCAGGUGAAUUUGUCGUCUCCUUUGACGAAGCUUUCACACAGAGCGUGCUGGCUGGAAUCGGAGCAGCCUUUACUUUUUUGACCCUUGCUAUUCACGUCGCGGUCAAGGACCUUCGACAGGGUAUCAAGGGGCUGAGCCUGAUCGCCCACUGCGCCUGCAUGCUCGGCGCCUAUCUCACAAUGGCCUUCCGCCCCUUGGCCUGGGCUGACGAUGGAAAUGCCUGCACCGUCUUAGGAGUUUUCACGCAUUUCUUCCUGCUCUCUGCUUUUUAUUGGCUCAACGUGAGGGCGAUUAUAAUUUACGCAACAUUCAGAUCAUGGAACUCAAUGCUGAGUGGCUUGUCCCUCGCAACGCGCAGUUUUCCGUUUUACGCAUUAUACGCUCUGGGGGUGCCGGCACUGGUUUCAGGGUUCAUGGCUUGGGUACAGUUCGCGUCUGAAGACGACCUUCCCUACUGGAUCGCAUGGCCAGAUUUGGACGAGGCUGCCUGCUGGUUUAGAUCGCCUGUUGGUCGUGCAGUCUAUUUUUCGCUGCCCAUGGGAAUUGUCCUGACUAUUAACAUUGUUCUCUUCGUAAUAACUCUGGCUAAAAUAAUUUCAUUUAGAAAAGAAAAUGCGAGUAUUCUCAAGACGCAAGACAGUACGAACACAGUUAAAGAAUCUUUGAAAUUUGAUAUAGAAAGGCUGAAGCUUUUUGCGAAACUCUCCCUUUUGAUGGGUCUCACAUACGUGUCGGAAUUCGCUUCUUGGGCGAAUUAUUUAUUUGCGUACUACUGGUACGCAUCUAAUGUGGCUAUCGCUUUGAGGGCCGUGCUCGUUUUCAUCGUUUUCUGCUGCAAGAGAAAGGUGUGGAUCUCCAUGAAACUGCAGUACCCCGUUGUUAAAACUAUUCACAGCAGAUUCACUGCGAUGAAGUUGCUGUGUUGCAAAAGACGACAAUUUGAGCUCUCAAAACUGAAAGAAAAUGAAAGUGCAACGCGGUCAACUGGAACCAGUGGAGCGAAACCUUCAGAUGAAAAUUUAGAAAUGAAUGUUAUCUAGACAAUUUUUUGCUUAAUAUAUUUAAUUAAAAAUUCAAUUCUUUUUUAAUUGUU